AUAGUCGAUUGAUAAAAUUCAUAAUAUGGCUUUAAAUAGUCCGAAUGAAAAUGUUUUGAUUAUGAAUAAUGUAAAAGAAACACCGUAAUGGACGUGCUGCAUUCGUGUCGCUGCUGCUUGCGGCGGCCGCCGGACAAAGGCCUGACCUCAGUGUAUACAUAUCUCGACAAAACAGAGAUAUAUUCAGACAUGCUAAAAGAGUGCUUCAAUAUUCAUCUAGUUCAAUUUAGUGACAGUGGGAUCUGCGAUGUGUGCGUGGGGUGUCUCCGAGAUGCAAAUAACUUCAAGCUGCAAGUGCAGCGCAGCCAGGCCGAGCUGCAGGAAGCUCUACGUUUUAAAAAUGAAGAAUCUGCAGUCAAGUUGGAAAACACUAGUGAUGUUAUCACGAGUGAUAAAGCAACCUUGUUGGCAUUGGACAGUACAGAUGAUACUUUCAUAUCGACAGUUGAUACAACGUCGCUCGCUUAUAAGGCGCAGAAGAAAACCUGCGACAACAAGAACAGCCUCAGAAGUCACCAGCGCAACCACGUCACUGAGAAGACAAAGGACCUCGUUCACACCCCUCGAAUCAAGAAAACAUCAUACACAUGUGACACUUGCCAUAAAUCUUAUAAGUUAAAAUAUAAUUUAAUUAAACAUUUACGUACUCACUCCGCCGAAGGAAAAAUCUCUUGUCACAUAUGCAAAAAACAAUUUACACAACAAUCUUGUCUGGAUAGACAUCUCUUAGUACAUGCUGGAAAGGAACAACAUUCGUGUCAACUUUGCCAAAAAGAAUUCACACAUAAAUUUCAUUUAAUCGCCCAUUUAAAAUGUCACACCAAGGACAAGAGAUUUUCCUGUGAAACAUGCAACAAAACAUUUACAAAACAAUAUAACUUAAAUAUUCAUAAGCGCGUACACACGAGAGAAAAACCUUACAAAUGUGAAGUGUGCAAAAAAGGGUUUAAAUAUGAAUGUACUUUAAAAGCGCAUUUUAAAUGUCAUACUGGAGGAUAUCAAUUCUCUUGUGAUAUUUGUCAAAGGCAGUUUUCACAGAACUCGAACCUGAUUAAACAUAAAUUAAUCCACACUGGAGAAAAGUCUCACUCCUGUGAAGUAUGCAAAAAACAGUUUGCAUUAAAGGGCACAUUAAACAAACAUAUGUUAAUUCAUACAGGUAAUUAUCGGUUUACUUGCGAAAUUUGUAAAAGGCAAUUUUCAGAACUGUUUACUUUGAACAUACACAAACGUGUGCACACAGGUGAAAAGCCUUACUCUUGUGAAGUAUGUAAAAAGCAAUUCACACUUAAAGGUACCUUGAAUAAACAUAUUCUUACGCACACGGGAAAUAAACUAUUCUGUUGUGACACUUGUGGAAAACAGUUUAUACGUGAGACUCAACUAACUGUGCACAUUAAUGGUCAUAAGGGGGUAAAACCAUUUUUCUGUGAAACAUGUAACAAGCGAUUUACACAAAAAAGUAGUCUAAGAGCCCAUAAUUUAAUACAUACAGGACAAAAAUCCUUCUCAUGCGAAAUAUGUCUUAAGCUGUUCCGAACAAAAACUAAUUUAAAAGGCCACAUGCUGACACACGAUGGGCUUAAAUUGCAUUCAUGUGAAGCGUGUAAUAAGCAAUUUACACAUAAGUCGGCUUUAAUUGUUCAUAGCCGAAUCCACACUGGAGAGAAACCGCAUUCGUGCGACAUAUGCAAUAAAGAAUUUACAGUACUAUCUACCUUGAAAUUCCAUUAUCGUACUCACACUGGUGAGAAGCCACAUACUUGCGAAAUUUGCCAUAAGAAAUUCGCACAUCCUUCAAGUUUUAGAAAGCAUAAACGUAUACAUAAAGAGAAAUGCAACCCUUGGUGAAAUUUGGCACGAAUGUUCUUAUUAUUUAUAAAAUAGAUAGAUAAGUAGAUAGAAUAUGUAAUUAUCAGUUCCAUAUUACUGGUCAAAUGUAAAUGCUACGGGCCAGGCAUCCUUUCAACAAGUACGCUUCGGUCGCAUUAAUCGUCAAUGCUAACUUUUACUUUAAAAUGUCAUUAUGUGGAUCAUUUUUAGUGCCAAGUUGUUUUAAAUUACAAAUCUGCUUGUUUUUAGAACGUGUCAUAAAUAGACAAUGUACUGUACCCUAUUUAAGUAGUAAAUACCUAUACUUACUCGUAUUGGUCUGUUUGUUAAUAUGUAAAAUACUUUCUAUAAAUACGGGUUAUUGCCACUAGUUACCACCAAGUUCUUACCGGUGGUAACUACUGGGAUUUUUUUCCCACCUUUUACCACUGGUAACUACUGGGAAUUAUUUAGUGUGAAUAAGUAAUAACCCAUAAAUACUCGGGAGA